UUGCGGGGAAACAUUUUCACUGCUGCUCUACAUUGCAUGAAUGGAAACUAAGCAAAUGAGAAUGAGUUAGCUAUCAUUUUGAGGGGUUCAAUGAUCAUAGUUAUGUCAAGUUAAACAGUGCAUAUUACUAUUGCUGGGUUAUUGAAAUCUUCAAGUUAUUAAUCUUAUCUUCUGAAUAAAGAAUUGCAGUCGUGUUAAAAACGGGCGUCAAUCCAACAAGUAACACAUGCUAGCUAGCCAGCUACGGUUGCUAACCUCAUAGAAAUCAAGGCCGAAAUAAACAUGGAAACAAUACUUGACCUACCAGUCGAAACUAAGAUAUUUUAUGCUGUUCUGGUAUUCUCGUGGACGGUGUAUCUAUGGGAGGCCUACCUUGCUUACAGACAGCGGAGGACAUACAGGUCAACCAUGCACGUACCACAAGAGUUGGGGAAGAUCAUGGACACAGAAACAUUUGAGAAGUCACGCCUUUAUAAUCUGGACAAGAGCAACUUCAGUUUCUGGUCUGGACUGUAUUCGGAAACCGAGGGAACGCUGAUCUUGCUUCUUGGUGGUAUCCCUUUCCUCUGGCGAGUGGCUGGGACGGUGACUGCUCGAUUUGGAUUAGGUUCAGAGUAUGAGAUCUCCCAGUCUCUUUCGUUUCUGAUGCUUGCGACCCUGUUCAGUGCCUUUACUGGCCUUCCAUGGAGUAUCUACAACACCUUUGUAAUUGAGGAGAAGCACGGCUUCAAUCAGCAGACACUGGGGUUCUUCCUGAAGGAUGCUGUGAAGAAGUUUAUUGUGACUCAGUGUAUCUUGUUGCCUGUGACCUCACUGCUCCUCUACAUCAUCAAGAUUGGUGGAGACUACUUUUUCAUCUAUGCCUGGCUCUUUACACUGGUGGUCUCCCUGGUACUGGUGACCAUCUAUGCGGACUACAUUGCUCCCCUAUUUGACAAGUUCACCCCGUUGCCAGAUGGUGAGCUGAAGGACGAGAUAGAAAGCAUGUCGAAGUCUAUCAGUUUCCCCCUGACUAAGGUUUACGUGGUAGAAGGUUCUAAACGCUCCUCCCACAGUAAUGCUUAUUUCUACGGGUUCUUCAAGAACAAGCGUAUAGUGUUGUUCGACACCCUGCUGGAAGACUACUCUCCCCUCAACCAGGAAGGACAGCCGGAGACUGUGCCGUCACAGGAGACCGACGCCUCAGCUGAGACCAAAGCUAAGCCCAAGAACAAGAAGCAAGGCUGCAACAACUCCGAGGUUUUGGCGGUGUUAGGCCAUGAACUGGGCCACUGGAAGUUGGGCCACACUGUCAAGAACAUUGUCAUCAGUCAGAUGAAUUCUUUCCUGUGCUUCUUCCUCUUUGCGGUGCUGAUUGGACAGAAGGAAUUGUUCAUGGCAUUUGGUUUCUACGAAAGCCAGCCUACGUUGAUUGGGUUGAUGAUCAUAUUCCAGUUCAUCUUCUCGCCAUACAAUGAGGUCCUGUCCUUCUGCUUGACUGUCCUGAGCCGCAGGUUUGAGUUCCAGGCGGACGCCUUUGCGCGGGGCAUGGGUCGGGCCUCCGAGCUCUACUCCGCGCUCAUCAAGCUCAACAAGGACAACCUGGGCUUCCCGGUGGCUGAUUGGCUCUUCUCCAUGUGGCACUACUCUCACCCUCCCCUGCUGGAGCGUCUACGGGCCCUGGGAGGGACCAAACAGGACUGAUGGGUGCUGAAUGGAAAGCCACGCCUCCUUUCUUUUCCGAAGGGGCCUAUUAUUGGCCCGCUGAUGUCGGCUCGGCCCUGUCGUUCUCUGUUUUCCUAACUGUGUUUUAUCGUAUCCUCACCAUUAGCUUCCUUUUAUUUGAUACAUUUGGUUUCAGUUUUUAAAAAGUACCCUAACUUCUUGGUUUCACAAAUCUAGUGUGUGACAAGAGGUCUGCUAGUUAGUGUAGGUGUAAUGGAGUCAAAAACACACCAUAAGCUUACACCAAAGCUACAGUUAUGUUGUGAAUUUGAUUUUUUUUUUUGAGAGCUCAAGAGUUUGGUAUGUUGUAAAGGAGGGCAGUCGGAUGUGCUAGCAAGUCAGUGAUCCUAUUUUUGAGCUUCUGCGUGAUCUAGAUCCAUUGGAAACAGUACUUGCAAAAGCAUGACAGUAUGAAGUCAUCCCCUUAAAAGGAGGUUUCACCCCGGACAUUCAUUUCCUUACCUGGUAAACCGUCUGUACAUAAGCUUUGACAGCAAUCCAUGCUUUGGUCUGAGCUUUGAGCAUUUGUUUAGCAAUAUUUUCGUGUCAAUUGUAAUAUUUUCCCACUUAUACAAACCUUCCUAUAGUCUCAGAAAUUGAAAUUGUGAAUGUCAACAUUGUCACUGAUAGAUGAGAACCUGCUAACAGCAUACACUUGUUGCUAGGUACAAUUUGUCAAAGAUUGCUUUUAUUUAGCCACAUAGUUUGUUUACUUGUCUUAUUUGAAUUGUUACUCCCCUGAGAAUUGUUUCAUUCCAAGUGUUUUCUCAUUCCUCAAUGUCCCUUACUGGUCCAUUUUCCCAGUAUUACAUUUGCAAAAAUGUAACAAAAAUUUUCCAUUACGGUUGACUAAGGCUGGUCAACUGACUCAUUCUGCAGCUGUUUUAUGGGGAUGUGCAUUUGAAGCCUAGUAAUCCAAACAGUUCCCACCUUUUCAGAUUUUCUGUUGAGCUUUAUUUGAGAUGGAUCAUGUCUGAAGUUGUAUCGUGGUUAGAUUGUCUGACUUCCCCGGGAUUUGCGAAUUGUGGUGAAACUGUAAUUUUUUUAAGUAAUGAUGAGAAGAUUUUCAGGUUAGAUUUCAUCACAUUUUUAUAACAUUUCUGUUUUCUUAAUGCACUUGUUUGUAAACAAGAUCCUGACCAUUAAUGUACUUGUAAAUAAUUUAGAAAUAGAAAAAAAGAAAUUCAUUUUUCCAUAUUUUUUGUUUGGAAUGUUCUGUAAAUGUUUCUUCUCUUUUUGUGCCUAUGUGUGAGAGGUGUGACGGUAAAGCCAGUUGACAAAGCCUGGGGGCGCUGGGUGGGGGUACAAGGCUCAUCACGUAACUCAAGUGUUUGGUUUGAUAUUGGAGGACUUCCUUUUUCUUGCAGGAAUUGUGAAUAAAGUCGCACACAGCA